AUGUCUGUGGAUACCUACUCCAAAAAGGCCCAUUACGGUACCGAGAGGCUCCUCACUCUCGGGGCGAUUGCAACAUUCAUUGAGACGGACAGGCCGUACCCGGUCUCAACAGCCCACGUUCGCUGCGAGGAUGCAACAAGGACUGACUAUCAACCCUUUGCCAAGGCCACUUUCGAGCGAAGCCAGGUGUAUACAAGUCAGAUCACCCAUACGAGACCUGCCCAAGGUUAUGAGUUCAUCCCCCAUUGUUGCAGUGAGAAAACCAUCCGACAGGAUCGCUCGACCAAUCAUGGCUAUAGCGUCUCUGCAGUCAUCAAACUGGAUAAUAUAAAGUUGGGUCCCCCCAUCUACCAGUCACGCAGGAAGGAUGUGAAAAUCGUUGUCGCCGACCGUCGACGGUACCUCGGUGCCAACAGGGACUCCAGAAUUGGUGGGGAGAAUCGCGCUAUGAUUAAACCCUAAGCAAUCCAAAAGAACUCAUCA